UCGAUUUGGCAUCCAUAUUUGAUUUGACCAACAGCUCGUCUCAUUUUUUCCGCGAUUUUCAGGGUCCUGUCCACCACAAUAGAAUAGAUCUCACGAUUGGGCAGUUGCUUCCUCCACAAGGCCACACCACACACGAUCCGGUUUCUCCUGUCGUCCCACCCUGAUAACAACGACCACCACCACCACGAAAACAACCGCCUCGUCCACCAAGUACUUAGUCAAGAUGGGCUCGCAACAACAGCCCGGCCCGUUGCCGGCCCUGCGCACGCAGCCAAAGGCAAUCUUCUUCACCGACUUUGACGGCACCAUCACGCUGCAGGACAGCAACGACUUCCUGACGGACAACCUGGGCUUCGGCCGGGAGAAGCGCAUCCAGGGCAACAAGGACACGCUCAGCGGCGCGCGCACCUUCCGCGACACCUUCCAGGAGAUGAUGGACAGCGUCAACCUCCCCUUUGACCAGUGCAUCAAGCUCCUCCUCGAGAACGUCCAGCUCGACCCCAAGUUUAAAGAGUUUUACACGUGGUGCCGCGCCAACAACGUCCCCGUCGUCGUGCUCUCGGGCGGCAUGCAGCCCGUCAUCAAGGCCCUCCUCGCUCACCUCGUCGGCGAGAAGGAGGUGCUCGAGAUGCAGAUUGUCAGCAACGACGUCCAGCCCAAGGGCGGCAAGGGCAUCAAUGAGGAGGGUGGCUGGGAUAUCAAGUACCACGACGACAGUGUGUUUGGCCACGACAAGUCCCUCGAGAUCCGGCCCUAUGCGGCCCUCGCGGACAGGCCCAUCAUGUUCUACGCCGGCGACGGCGUGUCGGACCUCUCCGCGGCCAAGGAGACGGAUCUCUUGUUCGCCAAGGCCGGAAGAGACCUCGUCGACUACUGCGAAAAGGAAAACGUCCCAUUCACCGUGUUCCACGACUUUGGCGACAUUCACAAGGUCGUGGCGGAGGUGGUCGAUGGCAAGAUCUCGGUCCAGGAGGCCGCCAAGGGUCGCAAUUGAAAAAGCGAUCCCAUAUCGUUCCAGUUACGAGGCUUGGUCAAACACAGAGGAUGUGGUAUAGACAUGGGUUUUGGAGACUUGGCUGCGGCCAGUCGUGCGUGCUUGGCACCAAUGGAUAAACUCGGAUAACGUAAUCCACAAGUGGGUGAAUCACACAAGUGGAUGAAUCAGU